AUGUGGAUUCUCUCUCUCGUCGGGUACUUAGGGGUGAUCAUUGGGUUCGCCUUUCUCACUCUAGCUAUCGCUUCGGGACUUUACUAUCUGUCCGAGUUGGUCGAAGAGCAUACUGUUCUAGCACGCAAGCUCCUAAGCCGCCUCAUAUACAGUAUUAUAGUCAUCCAGGUUCUACUGGUGAUCUUUGACCAAUUUCCCGUAUGGAUCUCCCUACUCAGCAUCCUCUCCCACCUGGUCUACGCUAGCAAUCUGCGCCGCUUCCCCAUCGUCAAACUGUCCGAUCCACUCUUUAUCCUCUCCUGCGCUCUGGUUCUAUUGAAUCAUUGGUUAUGGUUCCGCCACUUUUCGAAGCCGCCCUCGCCAUCCCGCCAAGCCGAUAACAACUGGCGUCAGCCGUACCAGGUGAAUUAUGACGAUAUGCCUUCAUUCUCUGAGGUUGCCUCCUAUUUUGGGUUGUGUGUCUGGCUGGUUCCAUUUGCUCUGUUUGUUAGUCUAAGUGCUGGUGAGAAUGUGCUGCCUAGUAUGGGAUCGGAGUACGCAACUGGUGAUCGUGCCUCCAGUGGAUUAGGCCAUAGACGGGGCACCUCAGAUGGCAAGUCUAAAAAUAAAGGAAUGGCAAAGGCUUUGGUAGAUAGUGUGCGGGAUUGGGCUCGGGAAAACGGGGAGCUCAUGGGCCUAUCGCGGGGCGAGCGAACCCAGCGUUUUUGA